AUGGCGGUGAAAUGCUUACUCCGCAGCAGAGUUCACUUCCAACAACCACGUUUCUUCAGAUUCUAUUCCCCAAAUUCUUCCGCACUGAUGUUGGAGGAUGAAACUCCAAAUUUCAAUGCCCCAGUUCCUAAAACCCCGCCGAAAUUAUCUCGUUUGGUUGUUAAAGUGUUCAAGUCCUUAAAUUGGGGGGUUGCAAGGGAAGUAAAGUUCAAAGGUUUGGUUCAAAGUCAUGGUUUUUAUCAUUCUAUCAAUUCCUUUAGAAUCAUCAUUCACACUUAUGCUUUGGCUGGUAUGAGUUUGGAAGUGUUUAUUUUGCUUAGAGAUAUUGUUGAAUACUAUAAAGAGCAAAAUCGAGACGCGUUCGAGUUGUUUUCGGUUUUGCUUGAUUCACCACACCAUGUGAAAAGUUCUGUUGUUGUGUCUGAUGCGCUUAUGAAAGUUUUUGCUUCAAACUCUAUGCUUGAACAUGCCUGUUAUGUGUUUGUUAAUGCUAGGGAUGUUGGGAUUGAGCCGAAUAUAAUGUCGUGUAAUUUCUUGUUGAAGUGUUUGGUAGAAGCAAAUAGAGUGGAUGGUGUGAGAUGGUUCUUUGAGGAUUUGAAAAAGUUUGGUCCGAAGAUGAAUAUCCAUACUUAUACAAUCAUGAUGAACUUUUAUUGUAGAGAUGUAGGGUGCAGUGCUGAUAUUAGGCGGGCUUCUGAGAUUUUAGGAAAGAUAUAUAGGAGUGGGGAAACCCCGACUGUUGUUACGUAUAGUACUUAUAUUAAGGGACUUUGUAAAGUUGGUUGCGUUGAGGUUGCGUUGAAGUUAAUUUGUGACUUGCACCGAAAAAACCUGCCUUUCAAUAGCCAUUGUCUUAAUGCUGUAAUAUAUGGAUUUUGUCAAAGAGGUGCAAUAGAUGAAGCUUCAAUAGUUUUGGAAGAAAUGAAAAACUCUGUAAUACUGCCCGAUGUUUAUAGUUAUAGCAUUUUAGUUGAUGCAUUUUGUAAGAAUGGAUAUGAUAAGAGAGCUAUUGACUUGAUGACAGAUAUGAAGCUCUACGGAAUAAAACCAUCCAUUGUUAGCUAUACUUCUCUCAUUCGCAGUUUAUUCAAGAAUAGGCCGAUGCAAAGCUUGAUGAAUAUCUUUCAAGAAAUCAGUGCUUCAGGUUGCAAAUAUGAUCAGAUUAUGUAUGAAACUUUAGUUGAUGGAUUUUGCAGGAAAGGUGAUAUGGAUUCAGCCAUCCAUCUUCUGGAGGAGAUGAGUGGCAAUAAUUUUGCUCCCUCUGCUUUUAGUUAUUGCAGUCUAAUUAGGGGGUUCUACAAAUUGAGACAAUUCACUAACGCAUUGAAAAUUUAUGGUAUCAUGCAAAAAAGGGGUUUCUGGCCAGAUACAAUCACUUGCAAUCAUAUUCUUAGUAUUCACUGCAGGAAACAUGAAUUCAAUGUAGCCUUGGCAUUGUCACAGAAAUUCCAAGAACACGGAGUUAACCUCAACCCAUAUUCAUAUAAUGAAUUCAUCCACAAGCUUUGUAGAGAAAGUUUUCCAGAAAAGGCACUGCAGCUUCUGCCGCUAAUGCUUAAAAGGAAUGUACUUCCUGAAGUUGUUAAUUAUAGUACGCUUAUAACUGGCUUUGUCAAACAUUCAAAUUCUAAAAAGGCCGUGGUGUUAUUCACAAGGAUGACAAAAGUAGGAAUCACUUUCAACGUCAGAACGUAUACAUUUCUUAUGGACCAAUGUAUCCGUAAUUGCAAAAGGCGUUUAGCAUACUACUUAUUUGAGGAAAUGAAAGAAAGGGGUGUAUAUCCAGAUCAGAAAGCAUAUAAUACUCUAAUAGUUGCCUUUUGUAAUGCUGAAGAAAUGAUUAUGGCGCAGGCCUUAUAUUAUGAAAUGUUGCGGGAGGGCUGUUCACCAGAUGUAGCUCUGUCAAGGCUUCCAUUAUAUCCAGUUGGAAGGUCAGAUAUUUUGAAUUCGGGUAAGUGCAAUGAUCCAAGGAAGACAAAUUGGAUUGGGUCCGUAAAGAGAGUCAAACAUGAUUUUUCAAGACCUCGCGCCUUCGCUCGCUGUGAGGUUGGAUCUUUUUCGCGUCUGCUGAGAAGGAUCGGGAAAUGGGUUAAGCUUUGGGAUGCUACCAACUGGUGGAUACAACUCAAUGUUAAAUGCGAGACGAAAACAAAGGAUAAUGUCUUUGUGAACGUGGUUGCAUCUGUACAAUACCGCACUGUGGCUGACAAAGCGUCCGAUGCCUUUUAUAAGCUCACCAACAAAAGGGAACAAAUCCAAUCAUAUGUUUUUGAUGUUAUAAGAGCCAGUGUGCCAAAGUUGGAGCCGGAUACGUCUUUGAGCAGAAGAAUGAUAGCAAAGGCUGUUGAAGAUGAGCUUGAGAAGGCGAUGUUGACCUACGCAUACGACAUAGUCCAGACUCUCAUUGUUGAUAUAGAGCCUGAUGUUAACGUCAAGAGAGCAAUGAAUGAGAUCAAUGCAGCUGCGAGAAUGAGGACUCGGCUGCACACGAGAAAGCCGAAGCAGAAAAGAUAUUGCAGAUCAAGAAAGCUGAGUCCAAGUAUCUAUUGGGACUCAGUAUUAGGGAUGUAG